UAGCUAAUUUUAAAGAAUAUUAUUGCUAUUUCCAUCUUGUGUACUUUUUGGUUGAAGAGACCAGUUUAUAUAGCUAGAAAAUUAAAAAAAAAAUAGGAGUAGGUCUUUGAUCAACUUGGAGUUAAAAAAAAGUCUGGAGAAAAGGAAAACCUUAUCAGUAUACAGCAACAGAAAAUUAAAAUUCCAGUACAUUUAUAUAAGUGGGAUCUAUAAUCAUCAAAAAAAUUUCCCAUACUUUCAAUAAAUAAUAUCAUCAAAUUUCAAAUAAUCUUUAUUGAAAGUUGGAUAAAACUUUUAUAGCUAUACAUUUUGCACAACCCCCCCUUAAAGCUAUAAAUAAUGACGGUAGAUAAUGAACUACCUCCCAAAAGGAGUCGGCCGUAUAACAAAAAUUACUACAAGUGUUUUCAAAACUUCUACAAUAGCCAUGAAUAUUUGGGAUUAAAUCCUCAUUAUUAUACCGACACCCGUUCUGCUGUCAAUCAUUGGCAACUAAGGGAUAUGCUUCAGGUGGAUUCUCAAACUGGUCGGGUAUUUUAUUCUCGUGAGGAUAAAAUUAGAUCUCUUGAUUUGGAAUCUAAAAAGCAACGAGUUUACUCUGAAGUUGCUCUUUCACUUGAUUAUUUCCCAAGAUGCUUUCAUCAAACUAGUGGCGGGUACAUGGUUACGGGAGGUCUAAUCACCUCAGCUUCAAAGGUAUUAUCGUCUAAUAUCCCCACUUUAACUUCUGCAUCCAACUCAUCACCGGCAACGACGGCCUCUUUAUCAUCUUCUUUUUCUAAAGAACAAACUUCUACCAUCAAGAAUUCAACGUCCAAGGGUUCCGUAGCUUCCGCUGCUAGCAACCCCGGUACUCAUAUUCGCAACCUUGUUACUUUUUCUUCGAGACCUUGCAAGGGAAUUCUCACUUUCCAAAAUCCGAACUUGGAAGGUUCUCAAACAGUUGCACUUGGUGAUAUGAUAAAUAAUAGUGUUUCAAUUUAUCAGAACAAUAAUUCUUCAUUCACUUCAUAUAUUUGCAACAAUGAUUCCAAUUUAUAUGUCGUUGACAUUGGGAACUCAACGAAACUUUCCCUUGAUAGGAAGAUAAAUUGUGAAUUAAAUACUGCUUUGAACAAUGCAGUACGCUCUCCUAUGUCAGAAAAGGUUUUAACGGUGACAGGUGACUCGUCAUCUAUUUUUUUGGUUGAUCCAACAAGUAAAGAUACGAGAAUCUCAACCAUUAAAACUCCUCAUGAUUCUGGAUUUGGUGUGAGUUACCACCCAAAUGGUACAACUUUUGCUGCAGCAUUUCAGGACGGGUCCUGUGUGUUGUAUGACAUCCGUAACCUUCCCAAGAGACAAUCUCUUAUUCCUAAUGAACCACUUUAUACAUUUAAAUCUACCAGAGCAGGUCAUCAAUCCGGAGCAUUCAGAUGCUGUAAGUUUCUGCAAACUGGGGUCAAUGAUUUAUUAGUUAUAUCUGAGCAUGUGGGAAGAGUCCACCUCAUUGAUGUGAAUAAGGCGAUGUCAGAACCAACGCCACUGCAAGGUCAUCAGGUUAUGGUGUUUCCAUAUGCGUUGGAUCAAUAUGGAUCUUCUAAAAAGCAAAAGAUUUUAUCUGACGAUGAUUCCAAGUCAAUUCAUUCCAGAGUACCUAUAUACCAGUCAGAUAACGACUCCGAGUCAUUCCCUUCACCUUUAGUUUUCGAUUAUGAUUAUUUGGUGAAUGUAAAUCCUCAAUUGUUCAAAGACUUUUCAUAUACGCCUAAUAUGGCAUCUCCAGUUAAUUCUCAAUCUCGACCUUCACCAUUAUUCAACGUUCCAAAUUGGAACUCAAACACAUCUACUGACAUUGAUAGAGAUUCAUAUGAUUACUAUGAGAGGUCAAGAACUGGUUUUAUUUCCUCUGUAGGGGGAUCUUAUGCAGACAGUAUCUAUAAUUGCCGUGAACAAACUCCUGUCACUGCUAGCCAUAUCAAUGGAGAGAUGGAAUUAUCAGGAGUUGAUUGGUUCGAAGAGUGUCUCCUUAUUGGAUGUGAAGACGGAGGAAUCUUAUCAUGGGAUAUGAAUAGUAGGGCAAGGAAGAAUUCUGCCAGUUUCGCAUACGUUUAAAACUUUUGUAAGUACUAAUAGCAUUUCUUCAAUAUUG